AUGGAACUCGUCAAGCCUAUUACAUCCGAUCAUGAUCUAAUUGAACUUGCCAAGCGUAUUGGGGUUCAUCUCGAUGCUAUCUUUGAGUCAAAUGAGAUCACAAAGCCGCUUCCGAAGAAAGGAUCAUAUCUGGUUCUACUUAGAUCGCCUAAUCUCGAUGUAGGACACUGGCAGGCUGGCAUCGGGCGAUACAAUCCCAAACAAUAUCAAGGCACUUAUGGCGAUUAUUGUGGUCCGUUUUGCAUGCUAUGGCUAUAUUGCAAACAAAAAAAUAAGAUGAAUCUAUUGAAUCGAUUCAAAGAUCUGAAUUUGUCAAUUCUGUAUUAA